AUGUUGAAGAAAGGAAAGCGUUAUGUGCUUAGUGAUCUUAGUGACGACAGUGAUUCAUGGUCGGAUUACUCGUUGGAUGACUCGGAUUCUUCGGCGGACGAUGAUGAAACAGUUAAAGUCAAUGGGUUUCAUGUUCGCGUUUCUCAAGUAAACAGGGUUAAGGACAUGUUUAUAAAACAUCCAAAUCUCACUUCAAAAAUCAAUUUAAAGAACAAACAGCUUAAAAGUGCUUACAUGGAUGUCCUUCUCGACCUAAUCGAGACACUGUGCCAGUCAACAAAAGAGCUGUCCAUGAAAGACCUAAACAAAGCAGACAAUACGCUUUUUGAUCUUACUAGAGCAGGCUUGAAAGUGGGUUGGUUGCGUCAGAAGUUGGAUGAGGCUUACUUGAAGAAGGAGAAACAGAGAUUUAGUGGUGCCAGGAUCAGAGAACUCGAGGAACAGGUCAAGAAGCGAAAGCUGACUUUGUCUAGUUUGGAAUCCACACUUAAGAAAGAGAAAGCUGCGGCUUUGGCUUCUAAAAACCGAACCCGUUUCGGCGAUGUUCUUUGAAUGAAUGGAGUCUUUAGUCUUUUAAUUUUUUCUUUCCUUGUCUCAGCAGAUUC